AACAUAAAUUUUCUAAAUUUAACAAGUGUGAAUUCAGUCAAUAUUUAAGUGAAGAAGCAGCAGCAUCGGGACUUAUUCAUUGGAUUAUUUAGUGCAUCUUUUAAUUAACCAAAAAUAAAUAUUCAAAUGUCUGGAUUAAAAUUUGUGUUUCUUAUCGGAUUUUUAAGCAUAUGCGAUGCUUUUUGGUGGGGACGAGAUAAUAGAGAAUCAAUUCAACUUCCACUCAACCCAUCCACACCACUUCCACCAAACCUCCGGCAAUAUCCAGUCUCAUACAUUCGAGCAUUUGCCUAUCAUCCAGUCGCAUUUCCACAACCAUUAGCUCCAAUUACAACAUAUCAAGUAAGAAAUCAACAGUCACAAAGAAGUUCAUACCCAUUUUCAUCAUCUGUCCAGUCAUUAUCACAGCAUCAAGCACCAAAUACACAAAAUCCUCAAGAAUUAGAAACCACUCAAAUUUCAACAACUCCGUCUACAACUUCAACAACGUCUACGACAACAACAACGUCUACGACAACAACAACACCGAUGCCAACAACCACAACAUCUACAACACAAUCACCUCAAUUUUCUGGUUCACAACCAAUUCCACAAUCAUUCGGUAGAGUCGAUUACGGUGCAUUUUCUCGAAGCGAUUAUGGUCAGUCAAUUCAGAGGCAAUUGCCACAACAAAAUACAAAUUAUGGUGGAUUUCCGUACUACAAUAAUCAGCAAUAUCACUACAGAUACGAUGAUGGAUCAGCAAAUCAAUUCUCAGGACGAUUAAUCAACAAUGAACAAAACUUCCAACAAUAUUCAGCAGAUCCAGUCACUUAUCAAUUCAUUCCAACAUCAAUCACACCAAUUGCACCUCAAAAUAGUGUCAAAUUUGUUCCAUGUAUGUGUCCAGUUGCUGUUCAAGUAUCACCAAAUUUAGCUGAAAAGAGAGCUGAUGAGAGUAUGCAAGUUGUAGCACAAACGACUGAGAGUAGCACGACUAGUUCCACACAGGUACCUCUAAUGGUGUUUGAUGAUAUUGAGGAAGAAGCAAAGUAAAUAGGAUUAGUAGAUUUUAAUGAAUUAUAGGAUAGGUUGAAAGGUUUUUGAGAUUUUUCAAAUUUUAUUUUGAGUAUCUUCAGUGCAGUGUAAAGGCGUAGCAUUAAGGCAAAGUCCAUGUUGAUCUUCAGAACGUAGUUAAGAGAUUGGAAGAGAGUUUAAAGGUCAAACUCUAGUUAAAGGUCAAGAUUUAGCUCAAAACAUAUCAACUUAAACUCUUGAGCCUUUAUGGUUUCCAAUUCCAACAUAAAUACAACUUAAAUGCUAUUUAAAGGUAAAAAGAUUCUCAAAAAUCAAUCAAAAACUCUUCAAAUCCAAAUAAAAACAACGAAAUUUGAUGACUGACAAAAAUUCUCAAUUUUAGAUAUUAAUCUUAAUCCG